CUCGGAUUCUACUAUGACAAGGCUGCUGAGAGCUGCUGCUACCGCUGCCCCUCAGGGCUGGUCCCGAUGCAGCCGUGCCCGCAGGGGCUCAAGGGCUGCAGGAAGUACUGUGAACCCGAUUACUACCUGAACGAGGCUGGCCGCUGCGUAGCCUGUGUGAGCUGCUCUACAGAUGACCUUGUGGAGAAGGCACCCUGCUCCUGGAACUCCUCCCGCAUCUGCGAGUGUCGGCCGGGCUUGUACUGCGUCACGUCCGCUGCCAACUCCUGCGCCCGCUGCCAGCCCCGCCCUGCCUGUCCCCCAGGGACCAUCAACAGGUCCCCAGGCGCGGCCCAGGACGCUGUGUGUGAACCGCCUUCGCCAGCCUCCAGCCCUGACUGUGCCAGCCUGGAGGGCUGCAAGGCGCCCACCAGUGGCACCACGCCCCAGGCCCAGCCCACGCCGAGGUCCCCCAACACCACCAGGCCCACGCUGCCCAGAGUGACUGCCCCACCUGCCGUAGAGGCUGCUUCUGGACCCCCGAGGACCUGGCCCUCCCCCAGCACCCAGCCCAGUGCAGACCCAGGGCUGUCUCCAGCGCUGCUGUGCCCACAGGGGUCUCCCACCUGCCAGAAGCAGUGCCAGCCAGACUACUACCUCGAUGGGACCGGCCGCUGCAUGGCCUGUGUGAGCUGCUUGCAUGAUGACCUUGUGGAGAAGGCACCCUGCUCCUGGAACUCCUCCCGCAUCUGCGAGUGUCGGCCGGGCUUGUACUGUGCCAAGUCCGUUGCCAACUCCUGCGCCCGCUGCCAGCCCCGCCCUGCCUGUCCCCCAGGGACAGUCACCGACCCCCAGGGUGUGGCUGAGAGGGGCUCCACCUCCGAACCACCUUCCCCAGGGAGCCACCCUGCCUGCAGCCCCACCUCUGAGGACAGUGACACACCUGCCAGCGUGCCCACACUCAGCUCGCGCCUGGACGCCCACAGCAGCUCCGUGAGCACCCCCGUCUCCUCCUCCACCCGGAAGCCCAUUCUGGAUCCAGGCCCUGUUCUCUUCUGCGUGAUCCUGGUGCUGGCGGUGGCACUUGGCUCUAGCUCCUUGCUGCUGUGCCACCGGAGGGCCUGCAGGAAGCAGAUCUGGCAGAAGCUGCGCCUGUGUAAACCAACCCAGACCUUCCAGCCCAUGGCCGAGCUAGAGGGCUGGGCUCCUGGUUCUGAGGCUGGGGGAGGUUGGGGUGCUGGGCUCAGUGCCUGUCCUUCCCGCACCCCCCUGCAACAGCCAAGAAGUGAUGUAGUAAUGACAGAGCUGGACCCCAAGUUGCCUGUGGAGACCUGUCAAAACGUGGGCGCCACCUGCCCUGAGGACCUCCCACUGUUGAAGACUGCCCUGGCCAGGGGCCCCUCGUCCUCCUGGGAGCUGCCGGAGCACCGUGUGUCUACGGAGAAUACCAAUAACAAGAUCGAGAAGAUCUACAUCAUGAAGGCUGACACAGUGAUUGUGGGGACAGUGAAGACUGAGGCAUCUGAGGGCUGGGCUGUGGCGGGGACAGCCGAGCCGACGGCGGCGGUACUGGAGGAAGAGCUGGAGGUGGACCAUGCACCCCACUACCCGGAGCAGGAGACGGAGCCACCCCUGGGCAGUUGUGGUGAUGUCAUGUUCUCUGUGGAGGAGGAGGGGAAGGAAGACCCCUUGCCCACGAUGGUCUCUGAGAAGUGAGGCCUGAUCUGGAUGGGGCUGGGAGGGCAGCUGGAUGCCCUUGGAGAGGCCAGGACACUGGCAGUGCCAAGCUGGGACCUGAAUGCAGGUUCUGGCAUCCUGUGGCCUGUACAGAAGCUACUUCUGAGGGGUGUUUCCAGUUGGUGAGUUUGUUGGACCACAGAUCAAUGGCCAGGACAGGGCCCCUGCUCUGUCUGCUGUUGUGGGCACCAGCUCCGUGCCUUGGCACCAUUGACCCAGCACAAGGGUCAGUGUGCACUGAGGGAGAGACGGUGAGGCUGACUCCACUCCCUGCCUGCACAGCUCCCCCUCCUGUGACCUCAGAGAUGAUGCCCACUGGCCUUGUCGCCCUGCCUGCAGCCCCUCGUCACUGUGCAUGUGUGCCCCUCCAACUCCCGCCAGUGCCUAUAGCGGUUCCUCCUGAGUCCAGGGAAAGUGGAAGCAAUGGGGCGAUGCUGGCAUACUUUGGACCACAGCUUUCACGGGCCAGGUCCCUGCCUGGCCCCUAGCCCUGCUCCCGUUCCACCCCCCAUUCUCAUUCACUGGCCCCUGACCAUCCACAGCAGCCCCUGCAACAGGAGGCAUCCAGAAUCCAGGCGACUAGCAGGAGCGCCACACCCCCAAUCCCACUCAUCCCAGCUUAUUUGGACAUAGAGCUGGGGAACUGCCGACCCUUUCCAGGGUCCUCAGCGGCUCUGCGGGCCCCACCUGCCCUCUCUCAGGAAAGGAAGAGGUGUCUCCCUUCCUUCGGCUUUGCCACACUUGCAAAUCCAUGGGUUCCUGCCCCAUCGUCUACCUCUGCUGCUCUGCCCCAUUGGGGCACGGUGUUGUCAAGCACCUGCCUUGCACCCAGACAUCUUGCCUUGGCUGGGAACGUUGGAACCAAGCGUUUGGUUGCUCGGCCUGGACUUCAGGAUUUGUGUACAGACUUGCAGACUGAGGCUCGUUCUCACAGGGUCGGCAGCCUUGACUCCGCAAACCCAAGGCCUCAACCAAGUCCACAGUAGCCGGGGUUGGGAGAGCUGGGUGGCUUGGAGUCUCCUGGACUUACCCACGGGGCCCGGCUGGGAAAGCCACAGUGACUCACCUCUGCUCACUCUUUGGAGGAAGUGGGGGCUGGGCCAGCAAUCACGAGGCCAGUUUCUGAACCCACUGCAAUGUUUUGGGGAAAGUUGGAGGGGCUGUGCUGUGGCCAGAAGUGGUGGCCAUGGCACCUGGACACUGGCCAGGAGGAGUGUGGGUGGCACGGGUGCUGUUUGCCUAGUGGGAGAAAGGAUGGAGUGGGUGGACUCUGCUCCUGCCCUCCCCAGACAUAUCUUGGUGAGGGCGCUUGCCAUGCACCUGCUGGAUCCCAACACACAGUUUAAAGAAAUGACACACUGCCUCACCUGGUGACCCUUCACACACAAUGUGGAAGUCCCCGACUCCCCUCAAUAACAGAAAAUAGUGAGACUGAAGUGACCCUCUGGGACCUAAGGGUGUUUCAGCCACAGGAAUUCUCACCGCAGCACCCACACCGUGGACAUUGAGACCACCGCAGG